AUGCCGUCGCCUGUGAACGCCCACGGUAAAGUAGCCGAUAAUAUAGACUAUGGAAUCCCUAUCGAUUAUACUGGGUAUGAAUGGUUCAAGGACCCACCCCCACCUCGCGAGGAACCGCCGCAAAGCAUGCCUCCCACUGCUACUGAGCCGUACAUACCACUGCCGGGCGUCGUCGAGCAGAACGAGAUGUUCAUGACCGCAUUACAAGCAGCACCACACGUUCUCUACGCACGCUUCAAGCAGUAUGGCCAGCUAGGGGUGCUUGCCUGGUGUUCCGAAUUCAGCGAAAUGAUCGAUAAUCUCAAGCAACUUGGUUUCGAGGGGAACAUGUUUGUCAACACGCGGGCGCAAGCUCUAAAGACAUGCGAAGAUAUCUUGAAGAUGAAGUUGGACAUCAAGAUGCAGAUUAUCGUCAUGUACUUGUCGUCACAAAUCAUGCGCCUGCGACGAUUCUUGGACGGUGACAAGCAGUGGGAUGAUUAUCCAGAGCCUAAUUUCCCCGUGGAUCCUCGAGCGUAUUAUAGUAAUAAUUGACGUGGUUCCCUUUCGUUUCUUAUUCACCAUGGCGUUGCUGUUUUUAUGGGCAAUACUCUGUUCUUCUAUUACUGGGUAGGAUGUCACGUCGCGCUGUAAACUCUCUUGCACUCCUCAUAUGUCUAUUUGUAUCUCAACUGUACCAUCUGUAGCACUUAACCAAGCUAAUGUAUUGUACCUUGUGCACAAAAGUGAAGUGAAGCGUCACAAGCGACGGCAAUAAGAUAGAAAGAACAGCGAGGAACAAACGAAUGAAGAGCCACGAAAUAUGAAAGCGGGUAGCUGCUACUUACAACCUAGGCCUGAUUGCGAAGCUAAUAGAACAGUAUUGUGCUGGUUUUGCAGAGCGUGGUCUAAGUUAGAUGUCCAUAAUAUGCGCAGAAAGAAAAACUUGUACAAGGGUAUUCGAUCAAUGUGCGGCUGUCAAUCCAGCAUACUUGUUCCAGUAUUCGGGCGAUGCAGGACCAUCAGACAAGCCGGCCGGGAGAGGAGCGGGUUGGUAAUUAGCCUCACGAGGGGGCUCAGGCAAGGGGUUUGCAUUCGAGUUUGAUGACCGCCGUGGUGGAGAGACGGUAUCUUGGUAAGAACGAUAGUUAUUAGGAUAAUCAUAGCUGGGGGAUCGGCGGUGAGAAGACUGGACAUGCGCAGGAUAGACAAUCGGUGCGGGAGGCACCGCAUAUACAGCAGGCGAGGAUGCAGACGCCUGGAACGAGUUCUGAACGACCACGGACGUGUGACUGGAACCAUGGCCCGUACUGUGCAGAGUCUGGGACCGACCUACGUGCCCUUGUCUGCUGCUGUCGCGAUGUACAGAGGGGGUUGCUUGACUCAAAACUGCCUUCGGGCUAUCGAAGUCCCAACUCCUACCCUUAUAUAAGCGAUCCAUCUCCCAAGCUUCCCGUGCCCUAAAGUUUUCGAAGUCGUCCACCGACUGCACGUCAGACGUCGGGCGAGGAACCGAUUGUGAAGGACGCCUGUGUACAUCGGGUACACCGCUGUUGCCAGGAGCAGGCUUAUGCGGUCUAACGUCUGUGGGCGACGCAUGCCUCCCAUUGGAGACCCUUUUGUCGGGAGAAGUAUGGCGUUCCCGGCGCUCACCUAGCGAACGGUCUUCCCUCUGAUUCAAGAGUUGUUCAGGGAUAGCCGGGCGUCGAGAGCCUUCGACACUACGAGCGCGACUGUGAGACGUCGAUGGGCCUGCAACUACGAUCGGAGAGACGUCCUGUCUUCCGCUGGAUGACUUGUACCGCUCUCGACUCUCGCUUGCACGGGGACGUUGAUCAACCGUCUCCUGCCGCUCACGAUUACGACUCGACUUGCGGUCCAAAUGCUCCUGUUCGCUGGACCUCGUCCGUUCCUUCGUGCGACUCUUAUGUGGUGUAUCAUUAGUCUCUACAAUUUCCCACAUCUCUCCGUCGGCCCUGAUAGUUUCGGAGGCGGGGUGAACAGUCCCGGAUGGGCUCCGGACAAGCCUGAACGUCUCAGUCUGCCUGCUCUUCGUAGGAGACUUCUCCUUCCCUUUUGUCGGAGAUGUGUCCCGUUGAGUCGCAGUACGCACAGUCUCAGCAGACUUCAUACCCGUGCUACUCGAUGCAAUUGGCUCCACUACCUGAGGCACUACGCCUGGGGUAUUCGGUAUUUCAGGAAGCUCAGCAUUAGACGGCAUUUGCGGCGUCGGAGGAUUGGCAAUGAUGGAUGCUCUGGAAAGGGGCGAAUCAUCUGUAGAGAUGAACGGUAAAGUAGAUAUAGGUGGAGGUGGAGGGAGAUAUUCGUCCUGUUCCAGCACCCGCGGCCGGCUCGAACUCCCUGCCCCUGGUUCUGGCUUUGCAGCAGACGCAGGUCUAUGCUCCUCCUGCCUAACUUCAUGCGAAUGCACUAUGAUCGGGUGCCCUUCGCGUACCUUGGAGGGAGUCUGGGCUGCAGGAAGAAGAGCGUCGCCGUGUCUACCCGAAGAAGGGUGUGCCAUGGACACAGGCACUAUCGCUGGGGAGUGGGGAGCAGAUGCGGGUGCCAGGACCUCCUUCCGACUAUUCGAGCUCGAUUCAUGGGAACCAAUGACUGCACGGGAUGGCGUUUCAGCAACUUGCGAAACCUGAACGACCUCGUGAGCGCUAUCGCGUACUUGCGCGGUCUCCUGAAUUGGCUCGGGUUCGCUGACGAAUUCAUCCCGCUCAAGGAUCUGGCCUACAGUCGCUGGUUGCUGAUCGUGGCGAGGGGAUACCACCACGUCUUUCUCCGGAG